AUGCGAUAUGCACAGCUCGCGGCAGGCACUACGCUUUUCACCGGUCCCAAGAAUGAGGAGAUGUGUCUAGCUUACAUACUGUUACAGCUUUAUCCUGUUCCAUCACGACGCUGGGAAGAGGAUCGCAGCUGGGUGUACCUUGGUGUCGCAAUCCGACUGGCCCAGGACCUCAACCUGAAUAGACCUUCGACUGCAACGCCCCUGAAUGAGCACCACGCCCGUGUCCUUCUCAAUCGCACAAGGGUCUGGAUCAACUGCUUCAACUUGGACCGGUCGACUGGCGCUCAGUAUGGCAAAGCGCCCAUCAUUCCUAAUUCCGAUUAUAUUGCAAACCAUUUGCACGAUUGGUGGUGCUCCUCCAAGUAUAAUUUCGAGGACUUUGACAUUCAACUUUGUAUGUACUCCAUGAAGCUCAAUAUCGGCGCAAAAUUCAUGGGGAAGAUUCCCAGCGACCCAAAUCACCCGCUCGGACUCAACAAGGUACGUGUCCAUUCGUUCCCACGAUCCCUUUGA